CCAUUCGGUGCUCGAAUAGUUCUGCCAUCAUUCCUUUUCGAGCCGUAGCGGAAGAAAAGGGCGUCACUGCUUUCCUCGUCUCCUCCCUCCUCCCUUCGAUUGAUCUCGAGCCUUCUCGGUCUUGGUUUAUGAGCUCGAAGGAGAAACCCACUCUAGGUGGCACGCGGAUAAAGACCCGCAAACGGAAUAUAACUGCUCCUUUGGACCCUGCAGCUUUUGCAGAUGCAGUGGUCCAGAUAUAUCUGGAGAAUGCUGGUGAUUUGGAACUUGUUGCAAAGAACGUCGAGUCUUCGGAUCUUAACUUCUCAAGAUACGGUGACACCUUCUUUGAGGUUGUCUUCACUGGUGGGCGUACACAACCUGGUACAAUAAAACCCGAUGAAGGAGAGAGGCAUCCUUAUUCAGUUCUAGAUUGCCAGCCUAUACGUGAAGCUAUCUUACCUUAUGUACUCUACAUACAGAAGAUCUUGCGGCGUAAACCCUUUUUGAUUAAGAACCUUGAAAAUGUUAUGCGAAAGUUCCUUCAGUCCUUGGAGCUCUUUGAGGAGAAUGAAAGAAAGAAGCUUGCUAUAUUCACAGCCCUUACAUUCUCUCAGAAACUAUCAGGGCUUCCACCUGAGACCGUCUUUCAGUCAUUACUUAAGGACAAUCUUGUGGCUAAGGGGAUAGUUCUUCCAUUUAUUACUGAGUUCUUCAAGGAAUACUUGGUCGAUAACAGUUUAGAUGAUCUUAUAUCACUUCUGAAGAGAGGUAAAAUGGAGGACAAUCUCCUUGAUUUUUUCCCUUCGGCAAGACGCUCUGCUGAAUGUUUCUCUGAGCAUUUCAACAAAGAAGGAUUGGUAGCUCUUGUGGAGUACCAUGAAAAGAAAAUAUUUGAGGUGAAGCUGAAGGUAAUGAAAUCAGCUCUGACGACUCAGAUUGCAGAAGAAACUGAUGUAUCUGAAGUUAUAGAGACUGCAAAGCAACGAGUGAAAGAUGCUAACUUGCCUGAUGUUGAAGUUGUGCGCAUUCUCUGGGAUGUGCUAAUGGAUGCUGUUCAGUGGUCUGGUAAAAACCAGCAGCAGAAUGCUAAUGCUGCACUCCGCCAGGUGAAAGCUUGGGCAGGGCUUCUGAAUGCUUUUUGUACUAGUGGGAAACUGGAACUAGAACUGAUUUACAAAGUCCAGAUCCAGUGCUAUGAGGAUGCCAAACUAAUGAAAUUGUUUCCAGAAAUUAUAAGGUCUCUUUAUGAGCAAGAUGUUCUUGCUGAGGAUACAAUUCUUCUUUGGUUCCGCAAAGGUGCAAACCCAAAGGGCAGGCAAACUUUUGUGAAAGCCCUGGAGCCAUUUGUGAACUGGCUCGAGGAAGCCGAAGAGGAAGACUGAAGGAGCUGAAGCUGCAUCGAGUGUGUUGUUUGAAAUGAACUAGUAGUAUAGUAUGGCAAUACAGUCUAAUGAUGAUCUAUAUCUCCAUGUUAUAAAUAAAACCUAAACUACUGCAUGGAGUCAUCGAUGUCGAAGUCUACGAAAACCCAGACUUUUGGUAAUUGUGUCUGAUGCUUUUCCUGGUGAGAUGUGCAAAUACAAUCUGUUUCUUGGUAUCUGGCUAAUGAUCAGCUGAAGCUAUUUCCAGA